AAGCAUUUUUCUGUUGAUACUUGGCAUUGAGUUACUAUUUUGACCAUGAAAGAAUCCUGGAGAAUUAUUUUAUUGGCUUUUCUUAAAUCAUACACAAGGUAUGACUUGAUUGUUUUAUAUAUACAAUUUAAGCAUAGUAAAGACAACUCACUAGUUCUUGGGUUACCUACUGCAAUUAAAUAUUGAUAAAGGAAAAUAACACCUUCCAAUAUUCUGCAAAUCUGUGUCUUUUCCCUCUUGUCAUCAAUUGUGUAGCUUUCAUAAGAGACUAAUGAAAGGGGCAAUGCUUUUACUAGUGCUGAGGGGUGGGGGGGGGAAGCAGCACUUGAUUUUUUUUCUCUUUUGCCUUGGUUAUCUCACUGUGGUUCUGAUGAGCUAGGUAAGUCUCAAACAGUAGGUUUACAGGUCACUUCAUGGAGUCAAUGCCCUGCCAUUUAUGGCCUCCUAAUGAGCCGUUAAACUGGAGAUGAGGUAAUUAAAUACGGUACACUGGGACAGUGAACGCGGUACUGACUCCAGCUCUCUGAUUUUAGGUUCCUCAGAAGACGAUGAGGUCAUUCAAGAAGGUCUCCUCAGGCUCAGGGGCGAGUAAAGGUGGAGACGAACCCGGGAAGUUGCCGGAGCAGGAAGAAGAAGAGGAAUCCCAGGUUUUGCACGGAACCGGCCAUUGCAAAUGGUUCAAUGUGAGAAUGGGAUUCGGGUUCAUCUCCAUGAGCAACCGAGAGGGAAGCCCCUUGGAGUCUCCAGUUGAUGUCUUUGUACACCAAAGCAAGCUUUACAUGGAAGGAUUUAGAAGCCUAAAAGAAGGAGAACCUGUGGAAUUUACUUUUAAGAAAUCUUCCAAAGGCCUUGAAUCAAUACGGGUAACAGGCCCUGGUGGGAGCCCCUGUUUAGGAAGUGAAAGACGACCCAAAGGGAAGACAGUACAAAAAAGAAAACCAAAGGGAGACAGGUAUGUUGUGAAAGUAAUGGCUGAAAAGGACAGCACAUUUAGAUGCUACAACUGUGGUGGCCUCGACCACCACGCUAAAGAAUGUAGUCUACCUCCGCAGCCAAAGAAGUGCCAUUACUGUCAGAGCAUCAUGCACAUGGUGGCUAACUGCCCCCAUAAAACUGUCUCGCAGCAGCCCACUAGUUCUCAGGGAAGACACGAAGCCGAACCGCAGCCUUCCACUUCUGCUUUCCUGAGAGAAGGGGGAGGAACGCACGGCUUCUCGUCUCCAUCGUACUCUCAGGAAGGCAGGUCGGAGAUCUCGGAGCGCUCGGGCAGGUCACCCCAGGAAGUGUCGUCGAGUAAGUUGUCUGUGUCGCCUGAAGAACCAAACAGAAAGGGGCCUUCUGUUCAGAAAAGGAAAAAAACUUAAUGCAUUUUUCAUAAUGUUCCGUUUUUUUUUUUACCCUCUUGGGAUGUCUACCUCAUGCAAGUACAGGGGAAAUAAUUCAUUAUCAGUAGCUGACCUGGAAUUUUAACUACUGUUGAGGAACUGUGAAUGUUUUGUUAUUGUUUUUUUUUUUUUUCCUUUGAUAGACAAAUCACUCCAGACAAAAUACAUUUGAGCAGGGUGCAUUAUGUUUUGCUUUCCAUGUGUAUGUGUGAGUGUGCCAUGCGUGUGUGUGUGUAUGUGUACAUAUCUAUAAAUAUAUAUUUUUCAUCAGACCAUUCUCCAGAUCCCACCAGACAUUACUGUGAAGCAAAAGACACAGUACCCAAUGUUCCUAAACUCAUUCCUAGAACCUGUUUCCAAACGUGUUCAGAAAGCAAACAAGAAAACCCCAUUUUCUGAAAUUUCACUCAGAAACAAACCAAACUUGAUAAACCACACAAAGAACUGAGAUCAAGACUGUUAACGUCUCUUGUGAACCAAAGGAUACCUUCAUAUUUUAAAGCUGCCGUAUGGUACUAAAGAUACUAAGACAUCCCCCGUACCAUCAAUUUGAAUUACUUCUUUUUUCAUCUCCACAAAAUAUCAAAACCCCUCCCCGUGCCCAGUGCAGGGCAGUUUUCAUGACUCAAGAUGACUCUCAUUGCCACCACCCUUUGAUGGUGAGGAGUUUAAAGCUCCAGAAAAGACAAUGAAUGUGUAGUUUCUGUGAUGGUUUCUGAAAACGUUUUGUUAAAUUAAUAUGAUUGUGACUGUAAUUUAGAUGUCUGUUGUGUAGGGGAGAAUGUGUAAGUUGUUACCAAACAGACCCUUUUGAGUGGUGUCAGGAUGCCAUCCUGGCACCAUUUGUAUACUGUGAACAUUUAGGGUACCUUGGUGGCAGUAGUAGCCGCAGCAGCAGCAAUUUCUCUUGGUCCCAGGUAGUGUCCCUCGAUUUGAAGGGUCUUCCCCCUUAUUUCCUGUUGAAAUACCAUGGAGAGAACUCCCUAGAGAUUUUUAUUGUUGUUGACUGUUUGAGUUUUAAAGAAAACAAAAAGAAAAGCUAACGAGAUCCUGGGCUGAAUAGUUUCCUAAGACUAAAGGUUGAUGGGCACUUGGGGUUGCUCAGCUGGCCUCCCUAGAUGAUGAUACAGCAUGGGUGCAGACCAGCCUGAGUGAAGGGACCUGCAGAUUUGCCAGAAGCCCUGGGCAUCACCUGCUUCUUGUGAACUGGGGGCUGCAGCUGACCAGCCUUGGUCCAGAGUGCCCUAGGACCACACACUUCUGUGUGAAAGAGGAGGAAGAUUGGUGGCCUCAGAGUGAGACUCCCUGGGCUGCAGGCCUUGCUCGGGGUUAAUAAGUUGGAGCCUAUCAAAACUUCGAGUCGCUUUCCAUUUGUAACUUUUGAAUUACCAAGUCAUACGUAAGAUAACGUACUCUGACAAAUCCCAUUGUGGAUGUAAGUUAAUUAGAGAAACCUGUAUAAUCCUUAACAUUGGCAAUAAACACAGGCUGUUAAAGCUUGAAAGUGUCGGGUAGGUUUAAGCUCGGAUAAUCAAACUAAAGAAACAGCCUGCAUGAAAGGCUACAGCGAGCCAAAGUCUUACCGUGGUAACUCCUCUGCAGCCGAUGGUUACAACAGGUAUGCAGCUGGCUCAGCGCCUGGCCUUUCCCCUUCCCACUUGUCCUGCCAGAUGAGACUUUUACUGGUGCUGCUGCUGCUUCAGUGCACAGGUAGUCAUCAAACUCCUCAGUGAAGGGCACAAUGUCGAGAGAAUUAUUUUGUGUGAAUUCCUUGCCAGUGUUUGCAAGAAUCUCAAGGUUUGUACUGAAGUUCUCAGUAAUGCUAAUGCAAAGCUUACCUUUGACGAUAUUGAAUGUGAUAUAUCUAUAGAGAACGUCCUUGCUUUACGUAAGGAUAGUAAACUUAUUUAAAUUAUGUAGACAAAUCAAAGUGGCAUUGCUUAACCUUCUAGUCGGUGUAAAAGCCAGGUUAAACAGCAAAGAUGCAAAACUUAGGUCACUUUGAAAAUAUAAACCAAAGUUCCUUAUAGAAAUAGGCAACUGUGGAUUUGAAAACUGGUCAUUCCCUGUUUAUAUGUAAGAAGUUCAGAGCUGAGAUAAGGAAAUGUUUUCAACAUGUGGAUUUUUAUUGGUGCUGUUUGAAAUCAGUGUGCACCAAAUUCAGACUGAACUGCUAAGAGCACAUACCAAACCCUAUCUUAUUGUUGAAAGCUUAAGGUUUUAUUUUUAUAUAUUAGAAUGUUAUCACUGUUACAUAACAUACUCAGGACAAAGAACUUUGCUCAGGGAAUAUACCAUGUAAUGUUUUUUCUUUACAGAAUAGUCUACAGACCUGCUUACUCAGAACAAACCAAAUAGUCUUAGACCUUUUUAUCUCUAUAUAAGUAUUAUGUACUGAUAUUAGUAACUACCUCUGAGUUGACGUAGACCUACGUUUCUGAUAAUCAGAUCUCAGCAUUUUGUAUUAUAAGUUCCUGUGAAAUGAUGAAGUGGUAUUAUGUACUGGUUGCUUAUGUGAGCAUUUGUGUCUUUACAUUCACAGGGUCUGAGUUUUCAGAGAUGCUGGGCAACCACAGCUCCCACUGACUUCCAGUCGGAGUUACUCGUGCUUGGCUUUUCUAGGAGGGGAGGGAUGGGGGAUGGGGGUGGAAGGGGAAGAACAAAAACACAAAAGCAUCAAGCCCACUUUGUUUACAUAGGUGACAAUAAAAUUAUUAUUCUGUUUACAGCAAAAGGCUACCUCAUAUCUACUGCAUGAACACACCUUUGUGCUGCUGUGGCCUUAAAGGUGGCUGUUGAUCUAUGGUACAUACUUUUUAUCUGUACUAAAUAUGUGACUGUUAGUUCACCACUGCAGACAUUAUGGUAAAUACUUGUUUAACAUGCAGCAUCCAUUUGAAAUUAUGAGACCUUUCCAAACAUUUCUUUGAAAGUUUUUAUUUUUCUGUCCAAAGGAUUAUGGGCACUGUUCACGGGAAUAAAUACAUCUCCAGAAGAGGCAAAAAUGUACAUGCCUAAGUUAAACAUAUGGCAGCAUAAGCUGCAGCAGGUAACUACUUAGCACUGGGCUGCAGUAGGAAAAAAAAAAUCUAGUCACACUCCUUCAAUUGCCUGCUCCAAAUAAGCAAAGAACCUUUUAA